AUGCAGAUCCAGGUGAGGACGGGCGGCCCGGCGCGAGUGUCGAUGGGGGACGCCUGGAGCAGGCAGGUACACCCAGACAUAGAGAGUGAGCGGCACCAGCAGUCCUUCGACGUGGAAAGACUCACCAACAUCCUCGACGGAGGUGCCCAGAACACUGCGCUCCGGAGGAGAGUUGAGAGCAUCAUCCACAGUGACCCAGAGUUUAGCCUGAAGGAUAAUUAUUUCAUGAGCCAGAAUGAGCAUUAUGAAGCCGGCAUUAAGAAGAAGUUCCACCUCCAGAGGGUAGCACAGCGCCUGGGCUGGCUGGAAGACAGUCGUGAAUUACAUUACGCUCACAGAACGCUUUCUGGAGACCUGGCCUUAGGUUUACAUCACAUCUUCGUGAAAGCUGUCAAGAGCCUGGGCUCAGAGGAGCAGAUUGCCAAAUGGGUCCCAAUCAGCAAUGAGUUCCGGAUCAUUGCAACAUAUGCACAGACAGAACUGGGGCAUGGGACGUAUCUUCAGGGACUGGAGACUGAAGCCACCUAUGAUGCAGACACCCAGGAGUUUGUGGUGCACAGCCCCACAAUAACUGCCACCAAAUGGUGGCCUGGUGACCUGGGACGGUCAGCCACCCACGCCCUGGUCCAGGCCCAGCUGAUCUGCUCGGGAGUCCGGCGGGGCAUGCAUGCCUUUAUUGUGCCCAUCCGGAGCCUCCACGACCACACCCCACUGCCAGGAAUCACUGCUGGAGACAUUGGGCCCAAGAUGGGCUUUGAGCACAUAGACAAUGGCUUCCUGAGACUGGACCACGUGCGGAUCCCCAGGGAAAACAUGCUGAGCCGCUUUGCACAGGUCUUGCCAGAUGGCACCUACAUCAAGCUCGGAACAGCACAGAGCAACUACCUUUCCAUGGUGGUGACGCGGGUGGAGCUGCUGUUGAAAGAGAUCAUACCCCUGCUGCAGAAGGCUUGCGUCAUCGCCAUUCGCUACUCAGUCAUCCGCCGCCAAUCCCAGCUCCGGCCCAGCGAUGGGGAGGCAAAAGUCUUGGACUACCAGACACAGCAGCAGAAGCUGUUUCCUCAGCUGGCCACGGCCUAUGCAUUCUACUUCCUGGCGAGCAGCCUCCUGGAGUUCUUCCAUCAGUCCUACAGUGCCAUUCUGGACAGAGACUUCAGCCUCCUGCCCGAGCUUCAUGCACUGAGCUCAGGUCUAAAGGCCAUGGUAUCAGACUUCUCCACCCAGGGAGUCGAGCUAUGUCGCAGGGCCUGCGGCGGACACGGCUACUCAAAGCUGAGCGGCCUGCCAUUUCUGGUCGCCAGGGUGACAGCCUCCUGUACCUAUGAGGGUGAGAACACCGUGCUCUACCUGCAGACAGCCAGGUUUUUAAUGAAGAGCUACCUGCAGGCUCAGGCGUCCCCUGGCUCCGCAUCGAAGAGGUCUCUCCCUCAGUCUGUUGCAUACCUGACUGCACCUGACCUGGCCAGGUGUCCAGCCCAGAGGGCAGCUGACUUCCUUCACCCAGAUGUCUAUACCAGGGCGUGGGCACAUGUGGCAAUCAGGCUCAUAAAGGACUCAGUGCACCAUUUACAGACUCUGCUGCAGUCUGGGGCUGACAAGCAUGAGGCAUGGAACCAGACCACUGUCAUCCACCUCCAGGCUGCUAAGGCACACUGCUACUACCUCACUGUGAAGAGCUUUGCAGAAGCUCUGAAGAAACUGGACAAUGAACCAGCCAUUCAGCAGGCACUCCAACGCCUCUGUGAUCUCUUUGCCUUGCAUGGCAUCCUGUCUAAUGCAGGUGACUUUCUCCAUGAUGGCUUCCUGUCUGGGGCCCAAGUAGAUGUGGUGAGAACAGCCUACCUGGACCUGCUUCUCCUCAUUCGGAAGGAUGCCAUCUCGUUAACCGAUGCUUUCGACUUCACAGAUCAGUGUUUAAAUUCAGCACUUGGCUGUUAUGAUGGAAAUGUCUAUGAACGUCUGUUCCAUUGGGCUCAGAAGUCACCGACCAAUACUCAGGGGAACCCUGCCUAUGAGAAAUAUAUAAGACCACUAUUACAAAGCUGGAGAUCCAAGCUAUGAAAUAACAGCAUUCAAGAGGCACUGCUAUGUGAUAAUGGUAGUAUGGCAUAUAUAUCAUUAAAAUUUUAAAGUACAUAUGUAUGUAUCUUUUAAAGAGAGUCAUUAUCUUCUACAGAUAGUCUGAAGUGAAUGAAAUAUCUGUGAUUUACUUCAAAAUAAUCCAUGAGAGGAAAAAGGGGGAGUGAACAGUUGUUGAUGUUGGUAAAUGGGUACAAUGGUGUUUAAGCUAUUCUCUCUUCUAAAUAUAUUUGAAAUUUCCCACAAUAAAACACAGUAGCACUA